UCACACUGCUUGUCGACACAUUUUACACUCGUUGUUACUUAGUAUUCAUUGAGAAUUACGCAGCAUAACCACGUGACGGUACAAAUUGAAAUAUUCGGGACAACGAAACAACAAUAUGAACAUGGACCAAGAACAGGUGGAAAUUGAAUGGAAACAAUUUGGGGAAGGAUUCGUUUCGGAUUUAUGGAAGUUUUACAAUAGUUCAGAAUUUUCGGACGUAACCAUUUCAACCGAAGAUGGCCAAGAGAUAAAAAGUCAUCGCAUUUUAUUGGCAAUGUGCUCCGUAUACUUUCGUGAUUUGUUCAAACGGCACAAGGGACCCGGCCAUAUCAUUUGUUUGUCAAACAUGCACUCUUCCAUCGUUCGAAAGAUAUUUGCUUUAAUUUAUACGGGCAUUGUUUCAAUUGCACCGUCUAUGGUCAAUGAUUUUGUGAAGGCGGCAAAGUAUUUGAAGUUACAAGGUUUCGAUGAUAUUACGUCGGACAUUGAUGAUCAUGAUGCUGUACGGCCGAAUGGCACACGAACAAACCUUACACCAAAUCUGGCUCGUCCAUUUCAUAUAAAGUUGACACGACUUACAGCUACUGUACAAAGUAGCGGUGGAAGUGACAUGUCACCAGGCAUGAAUGCGUUCGUGUCAUCGACCAAUCCGGUGGCCAAUGACAAAUUCUUCCCAUCAACCGAUUCAUCGGAUGCAAGCAGCGCCGAUGAAAUGGGCUCACAAAAUUCCGAUGCAAUGGCAAAUAACUGACAAAAUACAUGCAAAACAGAAACAAACCAGCUAAAUACUAUAUUUAUAGCGGCCACUAUUUUUUUGGCCAAAUUUAUUUUUUUUUUAUAUUUUUUAUUUUGACAAACAUAAAAUCUUUGACUUUACACAAUUUUUCUUAACUCAAAAAUAAAUUAUUGAAAGACAAUUUCAUGAAGAAAAAAAAACAUUUCACCGAAAUAAUCCUAUUUGGAAGGAUUUAUUCGAAUACAAUUUUUGACAGUGUCAAAAUAAAUGUUUGAUUAUUUAACAUUAUAACAAAAUUGCAAAGUUUAUAAUGAAUUAUAGAAAAAGAAUAAAUGAUGUUAAAAAUCACUUGACAUAUUUCUAAAAAGAAGAAGAAUUAUUCUUUUGAAUGUAAAUAGACAACAAAACAUGAUAAAAUAAUAAUAAAGUUUGAACUCAUUGC